GAAGUAGAUAUCCACCGACGCUGGAUAGAAGGAGCGUCUGGUCGGGAUCAAACCGCCAGCCACAACCAUAACCGCACGACCGAACGCCACCGAAAUAGGCCGCUUAUCGAGAUCUACCUUCCUUCUCUAAUCAUCCAAAAUCCGCAAAAACGGACACUUACGCAGAUAUUGAUUGGAGCACUGACAAAAUGACCACAUCAGGCGGCGGCGGUCGCUACAUGGCAUAUUCUCCGUCUCCGUCUGCCCCUCACUCUCCUCAUCUCUCUGGCCUCCGCUCUGCCUCCUCUGCUCUCGUCGAGGAAGAGAAAUAUCUUUCAGAGUUACUUGCAGAGAGGCACAAGCUUAGCCCAUUUAUGCCUGUGCUCCCUCACACGUAUCGAUUGUUAAACCAGGAAAUAUUGCGUGUAACUACGCUGUUGGGGAAUGCAUCAGUUUUAGGUCAAAGUAGGCUUGAACAAGCUAGCCCUCUGGCUUCUGGAGGAAUAUUUUCAAAGGGAGUAGCUGAUGCAAAUGGAUGGGCAUCACAGUUUCAAUCAGAAAUGUCAGGUUUAUUGCAGCCCUCAUCAGCUCAGAACUGGCUUAGUUCUCAAGGCAGCUCAUCUGGUCUUAUUGUUAAGAGAACUAUCAGAGUUGAUAUUCCAGUUGACAAAUAUCCUAAUUACAACUUUGUUGGGCGCCUCCUUGGCCCUAGGGGAAACUCACUUAAGCGAGUGGAAGCAAGUACUGAGUGCCGUGUUCUAAUCAGAGGGUGUGGCAGCAUCAAGGACCCAGCUAGGGAAGAAAUGAAGAGAGGGAAACCAGGGUACGAGCAUCUAAGUGAACCUCUUCAUAUCUUAGUCGAGGCAGAGUUACCAGUUGAAAUAAUUGAUGCACGCCUAAUGCAAGCGCGUGAGAUACUUGAAGACUUAUUGAAGCCUGUGGAUGAGUCUCAGGAUUUCUAUAAGAAGCAACAGCUAAGAGAGCUAGCAAUGUUGAAUGGUACACUACGGGAAGAAGGUUCUCCAAUGUCUGGUUCAGUCUCCCCCUUCCACAACAGCCUUGGUAUGAAGAGGGCCAAGGCCAGGGGGUAAUGGAUCCCCAUUCUUAGUUGGCUUUUGGAGCAUGUGUGUUUGUCCUGCCAGUAAUCAGCGGUUCCCAUGCCACAGAUGUGGCUAUGUCAGCCUGCGAGUGCCGUCGGGGCACUGGCACUGUUGGGUGCCAGUUCUAACUUGUUUCUACAUGAAGUGUGUUUAUCUUAUGUUUGGGGGAGGUUUAAUGACAGUCCGGCAUAGUAAGGAGCCAGUUGAGUUUCGGGGGUUUGCUUUUGUAUCUUGCUUAAGGCAGUUUGGACUCCAAGACUGCCCCUGUAUUAAAUUAGGUUUUAUUAUGUAUGCGUUUGUUGACAGUGUGAUAGGAUUCAUGUGAGAAAGGUAUGGGUUUGUAGCAUACAAAAAGCAAGCUAAGAAUUGAUCUAAUCCUAAUGCAUGUUGUCUGGGAUGGAGUGUUUUGUAUUGUGAAAUGUGGACAGAACCUGAAUUUGAAGGCAUUCUUUGUCAUCUUCUAGUACAAAUUGCAUUUGCUUUCCUGCC